UUGUUUCGACAGAACACUGUAUCUAUGUCAGCUGACCGGCGUGCUCGGGCCCGUAUGCCAUAAAAAGACGACGCCAUUUUUCCUACGGGCUGUGGCUGGCCGAGAGAAGCUGAGCUCGGACGGUGAGGUUGCGACAUGGAACCCAAGCCAUCAAGAUUGCCAAGACGGAUAACAGUCCAGCCUUCCCAUUCCUCACCUUUAACAACCAGGAUGUUUAGAAGUGGCAGGCUAGGAGGUCAAAGUGAAACAUAUCGCACUAGUGAUAGUUCAUUGAGACAUGACUCAGAGUUUCCGGACUCCAGUCCAUUGCGUUCUACAAGUAGAGACUGGCUUUCCAGAGAGAGGGAGAGCAUUGAACCAUCUUGGAAGACUCCUUCAUCCAGCUAUCAGCGCUGCUCAGGGACAUAUGAUCGCCCAGUAUCUGGGAGCUUCUUGGGAAAUAGAAGCAGGGUUUCUACAGCAUCAUCACAGCCAUCGUGGUAUGAUCCUUUGGAGAGGACGCAAAGCACUUACACUGGACUGGGCAGCCAACAAGACAGGGAUUCUAAGAGACCAAAACUGUCUUAUUCUGGAUGUACGCCUCUUAAUGGUGGAAGUACUACUAAUUCCGGCUAUACCUCCACUCCAGACUCCUCAAGCAGGUAUGCACGCUUUCCUAGGACGUCUUCAAUGGUGUUUCAUUCUGAUUUAUCAAGGGACCGAGACAGAAGAACAGACACAGCUAUACAUGAGCUUGGCGAUUAUGGGCAUCGAAAUAGUGACAUCACUCCAUCAUAUCUUCAGGACAGAGUUUCUUCAUAUGCACAAGGCGCUAGACCAAAAGACACCUCUCUAAGCACAGUUCGACUUAACACAUCAGUCAGCCGCCAGUUGCCUUCACAGAGCCCUUCAUUAACUAGAGAUUCAAGCAGGAGUUCAAGAACCACAACUUACAGAGACCUACGCUCUCCACAGAGGGAUAUCUCCUCUGAGGUUCAUCAUUCUGCAAGCCGACGUGAAGGAACACCUCGGAGUACUCCGGGAAGAAUGUCGCCUUCACCGGUGCCAAGAAGUGACCAAACUACAGAUGGCGAUGGCAGGCGUACAACAAGGCACCUCCUGUCCCGCCUUGCAUCUAGUAUGUCUUCUACCUUCUUCUCUAGGAGGUCCAGCCAGGAUUCUUCAAGUGGGAGAUCACAAGAUGUGGAAGAAGCACAUUCAAGUUUACAUGUUACUCCUGAACCCAGCCCUGCCAACAGUGAAGUACUGGAAAACAGGCCUUCUGAACAAUCUCAGGGAUUCGCCUUUCUUAGGAGGAGGAGAUGGGGCUUGUCAUCAGUGUCUCCAAAUCAGAGUUCAGAUUCUGAUGCCGAAAGCUACAGGUCAGAAGAUUCUGAAACUAGGACUUCAGGAUCAUGGCUGCCAUCCUCCUUCAGGAAUAGAUGCACGCCACUGUUCUCCAGAAGGAGGCGGGAAGGAAGAGACGAGACUGCCAGAGCGUCAUCUACCUCUGACACUAGUAGGAUACACAAUCCUUUUAGAAGGUCAUCCCAAGAAGAUUCUUUAGAUGAAGCACAAAGGAACCCUCAAGGAGCCGCUGCUGCAGCCAGAAGUUCUCCCCUGUCGUCUGCCUCGCCUAGCAGCAGUUCGGCAGCUGCCUCUAUAGCGGAGACUCUCUUCAGCAGGAGAAAUUCAGGAAUUUCAGGCAUGCUUCCUAACUCACUCUUACACUUCUCAGUGCCAGCUGCACUAGGGAAUUCCUUAUCGGACAAUGUCAUGAUAACUGUAGAUAUUGUUCCCUCAGGUAGGACAAGUGAUGGACAUGAAAGUGAAAAGGCUCCAGACUCCUCGAGAGAUCCUGAAAAGCUCAAGAAAAUUAAAGAAAGCCUCCUACUGGAGGACUCUGAGGAAGAUGAAGGUGACUUGUGCAGAAUAUGUCAGACUGGAGCAUCCAGUCCAAGCAAUCCCUUUAUUGAGCCAUGCAAGUGUUCUGGUAGCCUGCAGUAUGUCCACCAGGACUGUAUGAAGAAAUGGCUGCAUGCCAAGAUUAACUCUGGUUCUAAUUUGGAAACUAUAACUACAUGUGAAUUGUGUAAAGAGAAGCUGGAUCUGAACUUGGAGGACUUUGACAUUCAAGAGCUUUACCAGGCACAUGCAAAUGAGAGGGCUGAAUAUGAAUUCAUAAGCUCUGGACUAUAUCUGGUUGUCUUGCUUCACUUGUGUGAGCAGCGCUUCUCCGACAUCCUAGGGGCUGCUAAUGAAGCAAACACUCGGGUUAGAUUCAUCAACCUUGCGAGAACCCUUCAAGCACACAUGGAAGAUCUUGACACCUCAGACGAUUCGGAAGAUGAACGGGUGUGAGGAAACACAUGCACACUUCUGAAACCUCUUACCUCCUCAGAAUUGAAGAUGACCCAGCCGCAGAUGUGCAGAUAUUUGUUUUAUUUUCCCGAAUACUCCAGUGCUUGUGAUGCAUAUCAAAUCACUCUGUUGCCCUCUAUUCACUUGUUGCACUUGAUAAGCAAUCUAUAAAUACUGAAUCUGCAUACAAGAAAGAUUCCGUCAUAGGUUA